GCCCGCCGGUGCCGCAGGAGGAGCAGGAAGCGCCCGGGCGAAUCCAGCCGCGCUAUCACAUGACUCAGCAGCCGCUGCCGCCGGGCUGAGUUCACCCAGCGCCGCGCCGGGAGGGGGAAACCUGCAAUGAGGCCUCGGCCCCGCGGCUGCCCCUGAGCCCGCCGUCCUCUCGCCCGGCUCCGCGCGGCCCGGCGCCCCCAUUGCGGGAGCGCGGCGGGGGCUGCCGGAGCCGCCUCGGCAGCGCUGCCCGCCGGCGCGCCCCGCUCCCCGCCCUGCGCGGCGGCCCCGGCGCUGCCGCCGCCGGCGGGGUUACUAUGCUCACACGGGUGAAGUCCGCCGUGGCCAAUUUCAUGGGCGGCAUCAUGGCUGGCAGCGCGGGCGCCGACCACGGCAGCGGCGCGGACUUGCCCCUCCGCUUCCCCUACGGGAGACCCGAGUUCCUGGGACUGUCCCCGGACGAGGUGGAGUGCUCCGCCGACCACAUCGCCCGCCCCAUCCUCAUCCUCAGCAAGGACACCCGGCGCCUGCCCUGGACCACGGGCUACGCGGAGGUAAUAAAUGCAGGGAAGAGCACGCACAAUGAAGAUCAAGCCAGCUGUGAAGUCCUCUUUGUCAAGAAAAAAGCUGGAGGCAGUAAUUCUACACCAAACAAGAACUCUUCAACAAAACGGAGGUCAUCUCUGCCCAAUGGAGAAGGUCUCCAGCUGAAAGACAAUUCAGACACAGAUGGGAUCAACCUGUACUACUGGUCCUUGUUUGAUGGACACGCUGGGUCAGGGGCAGCUGUGGUCGCUUCCAAACUGCUGCAGCACCAUAUCCUGGAGCAGCUGCAGGAGAUUGUGGACAUCCUGAGGAACACAGCCGUCCUCCCACCCACCUGUCUGGGAGAGGAGCCUGACAACCCGUCCACCAACAGCAGGACACUGACACGGGCAGCCUCCCUGCGCGGUGGUGUGGGAGCCCCGGGCUCGCCCAGCACACCUCCAACACGCUUCUUCACUGAGAAGAAGAUCCCACAUGAGUGCCUGGUUAUUGGGGCCAUAGAAAGUGCAUUCAAGGAAAUGGAUUUGCAAAUAGAGCGAGAGAGGACCGUGUAUAACAUUUCUGGAGGCUGCACAGCCCUAGUGGUGGUCUAUUUGUUGGGCAAGCUAUAUGUGGCAAAUGCUGGUGAUAGCAGAGCUAUAAUAAUCCGAAAUGGUGAAGUCAUUCCAAUGUCUUCAGAAUUCACUCCAGAGACUGAACGCCAGCGACUUCAAUAUCUGGCUUACAUGCAGCCCCACUUGCUGGGAAAUGAAUUUACACAUUUAGAGUUUCCACGGAGGGUGCAGCGCAAGGAAGUUGGAAAGAGAAUGCUGUACCGUGACUUCAACAUGACUGGCUGGGCAUACAAAACCAUUGAGGAAGAUGACUUGAAGUUUCCCCUUAUAUAUGGAGAAGGCAAGAAGGCUCGGGUUAUGGCAACAAUUGGAGUGACCCGAGGACUGGGAGACCAUGACCUGAAAGUGCACGACUCCAAUAUAUACAUCAAACCUUUCCUGUCCUCAUCUCCUGAGGUGCGAGUCUAUGACCUUCUGCAGUAUGAGCAUGGGCCAGAUGAUGUUCUGAUCCUAGCUACUGAUGGACUCUGGGAUGUGCUGUUAAAUGAAGAAGUGGCAGAAGCUGUCACUAACUUUCUACCAAACUGUGACCCUGAUGAUCCCCACAGGUACACACUGGCGGCGCAGGACCUGGUGAUGCGAGCCAGGGGAGUGCUGAAGGACCGGGGCUGGCGGAUAUCCAACGACAGGCUGGGUUCUGGAGACGACAUCUCUGUCUACGUCAUCCCUUUGAUACACGGCAACAAACAGUCGUGA